AUGCCAAGAAAUUAUGCAGAACAUUUGAAGAAUUCCAUAUGUUUAUCAGGUCUCAUAUCAAAUGAUCCGAUUGAAAGUGGACAACCGAAUAAUAAAUCACGGCUUGGUUAUCCUAGUAUGAAAUCUGUGCAAGAGAGUAGUUUGAAUGAGAAACCUGAUCAUCUUAAUUUAUCUAUCUCAUUUCGUUUUAUACAUAUGAUGAUUCAUGCUGUUUUACUUGCCUUACAUGAACUUGAUUUGUUAGAUGAUUCAGAUUUACCUAAUCAGGGUUGUCUGAAUAGUAAUGAAAAAGUCAUUGAAUUUGAACAACGCAUUGAAAAUAAAUUAAUUAUUCCUCAUAUUGAUUCGAUAACUGAAGAAAUUCGAAAGUAUAAAUUAAAAUAUGAACAAUUUCUUCGACAAAAAGAUGAUCAACCAACAUUGAAUGAUUUAAUCGAUGAACUCUUUGAAGAUGAAAGUCAAUAUCCACUAUUGAACUUUUUCAAUAUAACUAAUAUUCAUAUAGAUAAUCCAAUGGAUGCAUUUCGUGCUAAACUUCGAAUAAUACCAAAUGCUAAUAAAACAUAUCCAAUAACGAUAUUUUUACUUCAACGAUAUGAUGAUUAUGCAAAUAUUCAAUAUCUCUAUCCGAUUGUUAUGUUUACAAAUUAUCUAAUUCAAAAAUUGAAUUAUCGAAUAACACGUAAAAAUGCAACUAAAAAAACAAUUAGUGAAAUAUUAUUCAAUGAUUCAAAUAAAGAGGAAACAGUAAAAUUAUAUGAAGAUUUUAUUCAAGCAUGGUAUAAACUUAACUUUAAAGAAGUUCAUAUAGGCUCUCAGACUAUAACAUUUGAACAUAAGUAUUCAUUGGAAGAUUUUGCAAAAAGAACAGAAAUUUCUAAAUUAUUAUUAAACUCAUCAGGAGAUAAUCAUAGUCUUUUGUUAAUUGCUUGUUUAAAAACUAUUGCAGAAUUACAAAAUGAUAUUGUUAAAUAUUUUCAUGAAAUUAUGAAUUCGAAUUCAAUGAAUAAAAAACUUCAACCAUAUGUUGUAUCACUACAAGCUGUUCAACAGAAACAUCUUCUUUGUUUUGAUAAAGAUUUUAUUAGUAGAAAAUUGAUUGAUGAUGGAUCUAUUAUAAACUAUGAUUAUGGAAAAGGUAAAGAUAUUAUUUAUGAUUAUGAAGAAAUUGAAUUUAUGCUUCGUGACAAAAUUUGUUGUCUGCCAUUAAUUGAUACAGAAAGAUUACAUUUUCUAAAUUAUCAAUUUGAACUCUACGAUGAAAAUACAUCAUUGAUUACUGAUGUUCGAAGACGUAUCGAACAAAAACUAUUGACCGAUAAAGAACGAAUUGAAUUGCAAGAUUUAAUAAAAAAAAAAUCAAAUGAUGAUAUACUUCACUAUCUUGGUUCACUUGAUUAUAUCUUUACAUAUUUGCGUCAUUUUGAUUAUAAAAAUGUACCAAUAUUAACAAUUAAAAAAUUUGUCGAACAAUAUAUUCAUUCAAAAAUGUGUCUUAGUGAUAAUUUACUUGGAGAUCCAAUGCUUUCAAUAAUUGAACUUAAAUAUAUAAUUGACUUGUACGAAUUAAUUGAAGAGAUUGUAUUUGAAAAAAUUCUACGAAAUAAUAUAAAAAAAGAUUUACCUGAAACAUUAUUAGUUUCAGACAAUAAACAAAAUGAUCUCAUCAAUCAAUUUAUUGACAUGACAUCAGGAAAAAUAACAAUAAAUGCUCGUCUGAAAAAUUUAGACUGUUGGAUUAAUAUGCUCAAAAGACUUAUUGUACGUAUUUCCAUGAACACUAAUUUAAGUUUUGAUGUACCUUUACAGCAAUAUGUAAAUCGUUGUGAUGUAUGGACUGUUGAUGUGACUAUCAAUGAUAUUGAAUCCUUUAAAAUUAGUGAUGAUAUUUUAUUACGACAUACAUUUAUCAUUUUGAAAGGAUUAGAAGCAAGACAAAAUGGUCCACCAGUCGAACGACCAAAAAAUGAUGCUAGUCGACAGCCUUGCGUUGAACGACCAAUACUAACGACACCUGUAUGGCUUGCUAAUAACAUAACUAGGAGAAGCUCGCCUGAAGUGAUUGGAGACAAUAAAAAAAAUAACAGAAAGUUACGCGUUUAA